GUUGUUCGGGGAGAGAGAGAAAAAAUUCACAGCUUUUGUCCCUCGUCACAAUAAUCAGCGGCAGGUGUGCUAUCUCCGGGUAAAAUAUAUGAUUUCCAUUGUUUUUAAUUUGUUUGUCGAAAACGAGAAUUGACAGUGAGUUUUCAGGUUAAGUGAGACAACAUAGAUGAUCCGAAGAUUCGUCAGAGCAAAUAUCGUGACGGUCAAGUCGAGGAUCUCUUGAGAUUCGUCAAAAAAGUUGCCGAGUGUCAAAAACAAAAACGCGUUUACGAAACCUAAUUUGCGCGAGUUACCAUUUUAUGUGUAUACGUAUGAGUGUGUACAAAAAAAAUAAUAUGGCUUGCGCGUGCGGCUCUUGUGUAUUUACUUCGCGCAGAAGACAGCUGUAAGGAUUACAAAAAAUCGAGUAUCGGGUCCCAUCGUUUAGAUUUCCCCUUUGUUUUUAUUUUUUAUUUCGAUUUCGUUCCAAUCAUAUCUUAUAAAAUGAUUGAAAAACUGCAUCGACGGUUGUUUGUACGAUAACGACAGUUAUAAUAUGGAUUCGAGGGGCCCUCCCGAGGGGGGCCCUGUCGAUUCAAUCGAGAUGUCGAUUUUGGACAACAAAACAUCUGAAAUUUCGGAAAAUUGGCCAACUAAUAAUCUUCUCGCAUCAACUCUCGGCGAUCCUGUGAAAAAAUCCAACAACAGGCUCUUGUUUUUAACUGUGGGAUAUAUGGAGGAUCAAUCACGUGAUUAUUCAAAAAUGUUUCCUGCCUACGAACAAGUUCCAUUUUCUCCACGAGCAGCUUCUCCGCUCUCGGAUUUUGAGCACCGUGUCAGUCCUCUGGAUCCAAACAUGAGUUCGGCAGCUCGUUAUUCACCAACUCCAGUCCCCUUACCACCUCUGCCGUUUCACAAUUCGGUAGUGGUUCUUCAAGGUCCAUCAUCUCCGCUGGUUGUUCAGCCUGAAAGCGAAACAAGUGCUCCAGCUGCUAUCAACUUUGUUGCGGAUCAAGCCAGAGACGAAACCACAGAACAGAGUCACGUUGUCAAUGAUUUUGUCAAUGCUGCUGAUGAGGAGGAACUGGUUGCCGACGUUGACGAACAAUUGAUUUUGAUGCAAGAAACGACAUCGGAAUUGGAAACUUCAGCAACUCCUUUAAUGCUGGCAGGCAUCCCUGGCACCGAAUUUGCUUUGACACGAGAUUUUCUGGUGAUGCAGGACGAUCAAAUAAACGUGAUGGGUACACUGAGAAAUCAGGAAAUGAAUGAGGAGCCAAUAGUGGUUGUGGCAGAAUCAAUAAAAAAAGAGAACGAAACAGACAUAAAUUUACCAGUUUCUACGAUAAUCGAGAAAAUUCCAAAGGUGCAAAAAGCGAAUGCAAAAGAUCAUAAGAUCAAGGAAUCAGAGAAAAGAAUCGUUAGACGCUCGAGACGCCAGAUAAACGACAAAAAAACAUUUUUCUGCGGACAGUGCGAUUCCGUUUGUCACAAAACGGGCGAAUGCACGAUGAACAACGUUCGUACGAUUGCCGAUCAACCCGUACCUUCCAGAGCUAUCGCCACCCUUCCUGGUUCAUAUUUAUCCAUCCAAAAAUUACCAGGAUCAAAUAAUUCAUUCGGGCAUGCAAAUUUUGGAGUUUUUGCCAAAAGAAAUAUUCGCUCGCGAACACAAUUCGGACCGAUCGAAGGAAUUUUUUGCCCUUACGAUGGCACACCUUUUGAAAGCUCUUUACCACUGCUCUAUGAAACUGAGAACAGAGAAUUUUUUAAAAUCGACGUUUCAAAUGAAAAUGUCUCGAAUUGGAUGCGAUUCGUCAGACCAGCCACCACAUACAAAGAACAAAAUCUUGGAAUUUGCCAACAGGCCGAUGGAAUCGUAUUUUUGACGACCAGAAACAUUUUGCCGAAAGAGGAAUUGAAAGCUGGGCCUAAUCCCGAAUACGCUGCUCGCAGGAAUUUGAAGAUUCUCGAACCCGGAAUCAAACACGAUAGAGAGUUGACUGAUUCGAAUUCUUGGCCGUGUUUUGAGUGUAAUCAACGUUUCUUGACAUCAACCAAGCUCCAAAAGCACUUGACGAUUCACGACAAGCCGAAAGUCGAACCGAAAUCGAGAAUCAAGGGUAGAAAAAUGGCUGUGUCGACUAACAAACUCUUCAAAGUGGUAGACGGUGAAAAUUCGUUGUACACGUGUCCGCACUGCCCGAAGGUGUUUCCGCGAAGUUACAGUCUGAAAAGACAUUUGUUGAUUCACCCAGGAGCGAAAUCGCCUCGUUACGAGUGCAACACGUGCGGUGAAAAUUUUUUGCAUCCUCACAAUCGAAAUCGACACAUGAAAAUAUUCCAUGGGGACGAAACGAAGGAAAAAGAGAAUUCUCGUCAAAAUUCGACCGAGUGGAAAUGCCUCACGUGCAAUUUAAUUUUUAGCGAAUCGAGUUUACUGUAUUUGCACUCACUCUCGCACACGAGCGACGUUUUCUCAGACCAAAAUGUCGACGAUUCUUGUCCGCAGUGCAACGAGACUUUUAAAACUCGCAAUCACCUCAUCCAACACGUCGCCAAACACGGCCGACGUUUACAAUCAACAAUAAUGACACCUCUCGCCUCACACAAAUGCGACAUGUGCUACAAACGCUUCGCCACCAAAGUGCGAUUACAACAGCAUUAUUUGGUGCACGGUGCCGAGGACCAAAAACCACUGCCAUGUAACAUUUGCUUCAAACGUUUUAUGAACAACUCGGCUUUGUCCUGCCACCUGAAAACUCACAGAGAGAACAAACAAAUAUUCGAAUGCCCGAUAUGCUGCGAACUAUUCAAUCAAGUUUUAAUGCUCAAAGACCAUGUCGAAAUACAUCGAAACGAGGACGAGACGUUCAGUUGUCCCCAAUGUCCGAGAACCUUUGUUAAAUAUUCGAUUAUUCGUAAGCACAUAAGAGCUCAUCAUUGCGAACGUAAGCACAAGUGUCAAUUUUGCGCCAAGCCUUUUCCCACCAUUGAUAAACUGCGAUUGCAUUUGCUGCGUCAUUCUGAUCACAGAGAAUUUCAUUGUGCGAAUUGCCAGAAACAAUUCAAACGAAAGGACAAACUCAAAGAGCAUAUGACGAGAAUGCACGAUUCUCAGAGAACAAACCGUGAUCAAACGGCCCAAAAUAAUCAGAUCAAAAAGUUUGUACCGAAGGUUAAUCCAACGGACUACAAUCGAUUCGUUUACAAGUGCCAUCAAUGCCUGGUCGGUUUUAAAAGACGCGGGAUGCUCGUAAAUCAUUUGGCAAAGCGUCAUCCCGAUGUUUCGCCGGAAUCGGUGCCCGAAUUGAAUUUACCAAUUUUGCGACAAACUCGGGAUUAUUACUGCCAGUAUUGUGACAAAAUUUAUAAAAGCAGCAGCAAGAGAAAAGCGCACAUCGUGAAAAAUCAUCCAGGAGCGGCGUUGCCACCGAGCAAUCGUCACAAAGAGGCAGAUUCCGGAGGUUUGCCGAAUUUGAGCUUCAGUCAAACAGUCGGAAGCAUAACGACGACGCCGCAGGGUUGUCAAUGGUGUCACAAGCAGUACGCGAGCAAGGCGAAGCUCUUGCAGCAUCAACGUAAAAAACACUCGAGUUUAAUGGAGCCAGCGGACAAAGUACCGCGCACACGAAAUCGACCGCCGCGCGAGCAUCGGACGCAAUCGUCGAAUAUCGUCGAGGCGAAUUUUCUCAUGAGCGAUUAUUUGCAGGGCUGUGAAAUCGAGGCAGGUUUUUUGAAGCCUAAAAUGAUGAAAAUAUCGGCUACGGAGGUCGAUCUCAUCGGCUCCGGGCUUGAAUUGUCCGGGCAACAACAGUUUGUUCGCAUGCGUGAUAUACGCUGAAGAACGAUGUUCGAAACGCCGCUCCGAAAGCGGUUUUUGAUGAAAAUUUAAUCGAGAUAUGAAUCUCGUUUUGUUGCACAACGAGCGGAUGAGGAAAAGCCGAUAGGAAAAUGGAAUUUGAAAGAAAAUACAGUGAAAACGGAGGGAAAAUGGAAGGUUGUGCUUUUUGCUGCGAUUCUCGGUUCGAGAUCGCGUCACCGUGGAGCAGAUGACGCGUUGGAAUGUUCUCGGGACCGAGGAAACCUUGUUGGAAGGCAGCUUGUUGGCGCCGACGUCGAAAACGUCGGUGCUCAUCCCUCUUUCGCGAAAAAGGGGAUGCUCUGUCUUUGGUCGUUGCGAAACGACACAAUUUUUUUUAUUCUUUUCACACACUGUUGUUUUUCAUCGUCAACGAGAAUGCUUCAAAUAUCGAGGCGUUUUUUGGCGCAAUGAUCGAUCAAGUUUUUGGAUUUUUUCGUCCCUCAACGACAGGGAAUUAAUAUUGAAUCGGAAAAUUCGAUGUUUUGUUCCAGGGCCGGGGGGGGGGGGGGGGGGGCCGAGGUAAAAUGUCAAGAUUCUUUAAGAUUGAAGAAUAUUUAGGCGAAAAAUUGUUAUCGAAUCGACGCCAUUUUCGUUCGCUGGAUUCUUUUCGUUUUUAGCCUAAUUUUUCACGCUCUCUUUCGCGGGAUAUGAAAAAACGUUGAUUCGAAAAAGGAACUUUUCGUUUUUUUCGAACCGGUGGUCGGUCACUAACGAGAGAAAUCGUGCGUUGACGUUUAGCAUGACAAAUAAAUCGAAUUUCUAGACUUUGAAGCUCGUAACUCUCAGAAAUCUUGUCAAUUUUUCAAUUCCAGCCAAAUCAUUCGACCUUUUUUUUCUAAUUCAUAUCUAGAAACUGUCAUCGUUCGCAAAAUUAGUCUCGAACAAGAAAAAGCAGAAGAAGUGAGAAAAUAAGAGAAAAACGACGUUCUAGUCACUUGAACGAGAGAGAUAUCGUUCUUGCGAACAUCCUUUUUGGAAAUGUAGGCGUUCAUCAGUGCUGUCUGCGAACUCACAGGCGAUCGUCAAAGUUUUCCGACAUUUCUCCGAGACGAAAAGUCUCAAAACUAGAAGAAAAAAAAUGCAAAAUAAUAUUCUCCAAUCAAAGAGACAUGGGAAUCAUGCGAAUUCGUAGAACGAGAGAGAAAAAUCGAAAAAACAAAUUCUUUAGGUACAGCUAGCUCGAUGAUAGUUUACGACCUCGACAUUUUCAUAGAUUGUUCGUUCCCGAGCUGCAAUCUUGUAGCUGCGCUCGUCGACGAUUUCGUUCGAUGUCACCUUCAGAUUUUUAUCAAACAAAAAACGUAUAAGAAACCAAUUUCUCAUUCAAUAACUUAGACUCAAGCUCAAGAAUGAAAUUGUACUCUCUCAUUUCCUUAUUCGUCGAAUCUCACAUUACAAAAAUAUGAUAAAAAAUUCAUCAAAAUUUCGAGUACUCGCAAAUUCGUUACUCGCAAAACCAACAUUUUUCGUCAAUUCCUAUUUUUCCAAUCAGUUUAUCUUCGUUCUUUACACGCUUUCAUUCCGCAUAUUAAAAAUCCCAUAAAAACUUUCUCAUUUCUAUAACAAAAAAAAACGAUAUUUGUCCACGACUCUCGAUUAAGGAAUCACAACUUUCGUCCAAGUGCAAUAAAAUUUAGGACAAAAUGAAACGAAAAAAAAAAAAGAAAAUAAAAAUAAAGCUUUAAAAAGAACCAGCGAGAAAAAGGUUAUUGAAGUCAUUGAAAAAUGUUGUAGAAACAGGCUCAAUUUUAUUUAACGCUCAUCAUUAUAUACACGUGCAUAAUACACACUAUGGGAAAUAUGCGAAGACAACCAGCUGUAUGUUUGUGAAUGUCGUUGGGGUAAAGUCAGUGAUUAAAUACUGUAACAAGUCUUAAAAUAAAGUUGUCCGACAGUAA